UGGUGAUUGAAGUUCAGACCAUAUUUGAUGAGCCAAGGUUUGUUCAUCGGGGAUUUCUUAUUGACACAGCAAGACAUUACAUAUCGAUGGAAGGUAUCCGGAAUUUCUUGGACGCUAUGGCAAUGGUUAAAAUGAACGUACUUCAUUGGCACAUUGUUGACGAUGAAUCUUUUCCGUAUCAAUCGAUGACUUGGCCUCUAUUAUCGAUUCACGGAGCUUACGAUCCGAAUGUGUACGUAUACACUCAGAAAAAAGUACAUGAAGUGGUUCAAUAUGCCCGCAGUCGAGGUAUUCGUGUGAUGCCGGAAUUCGAUACACCAGGUCAGUUUGUUUUUGAAUGUAUCACACAAAUGAGGCUUUGUAUCAAUUCACGUUUUGAUCUGUAUAUACGGAGCUCACGUUUCACUUCAUAA